AUGACCACCUCCGUCUCAAGUUCAUCGACCAUCAAGCGUCUUCUCAAAGAGUACUCUAUCAUUCGUUCCGAACAAGCCAAACUCGAAGCGAGCGGAUCGGAAUGGCAAAGAGAAGAGGGAAUCGGGAAGAAUUCUUGUCUGUUGGAAUUGAGACCUUGGGAUUCGGAAGAGGAAGAUCUGUUCGAAUGGACCGCUACCAUUUUGGGACCCGAGGGUGGAUGUUACGAAGGAGGCCUCUUUAGGCUCUCUAUCGUCAUCCCACCCGCUUAUCCCACUCGACCACCCAGCAUGUCCUUCAAGACCAAAAUUUGGCAUCCCAAUGUUCACUGGAAGACAGGAGAGAUCUGUUUGGAUGUGCUCUCUUCUCAAUGGACGCCAGCUUGGACGCUCACGUCGGCCUGCACGGCCGUCAUAGCUCUGCUAGACGCACCAGAAGCCGAUUCUCCUCUCAAUGUGGAUGCGGCGACUGUGCUGCGCACCGGAGAUCGCAGCGCUUACGUCUCUGCGGCGCGCAUGUACACCCUCCUGCACGCCUAUGACACCUAAACAUCCAAAAAGAUCAGGCUGCGACGGGGUUCGGGAGGAUCACAGCGCUGGCUGCAGCUUGGUGAUGCUGAACUGGGCAUCUCGCGCCUGGAGGAUGUCGGCUUAGACCAGCGCACUUGCUCCCAGUGCGUUGCCAUUGAGCGGCUGUGUGCGUCUAUGAGAGGACCGCAAAGUGCCGUCGCAGGUGCAAGAUAUUAGCGCAAGAAAGCUUCAUAGACGGCAAGACACAGUUGGAGAGAAGGUCGUCAUGCGUGGCAUUACAGGGCAGGUGGUGCAUCUUCCCGCUUCCCGAGUCAAAGUA